GACAAGAAGGCACAAUGCACCGAGGCCUACUGGAGUUGGUUGUUUGAUUGUGUAUUCGUGUUGUGACUGUCGUGGCAGAGGAUUGGGAAGUUGGAGUGCGCUGGUUGCUGCGCCACGCGUCUUCCUUACAGCUGUGGCGCGUGCACCUCUGCGGCUGGCAACGUUGAGCACUGGAGCUUCCAGGCAGCUCAGAAGAAACAUUGGCUACCACCACAUCGCUGUUCCGGCCAUGCGAUGAAUCGCCCGUCAGCUUCGCGAUCACGAUCCCGGGCUGCAUUAAAUCGCUCCUCCUCGUUCGCCCCGUCCCUCCGCCGCCGUCCGACCUCGCAAUCGCUCCCGCCAGACCCCGAAGAUGAUCCCGCGGCCACACAGGAAGCAACCGCAACUCAUGCGAUUGUCGAAGAGAUAGCGAAAAUAAAACGGUACGAGGAUUUCACGACGAUAGACUGGGUACAAGAUGCUGCGCGUGAACAGCUGCGGCGCAAAGCCAGGCGGAAACAGCGCGAUAGCUAUAGUGUCAGGCUGGGUGGAAGAGGCACCAGAGGAUGGAGGAGGCGCCUGUACGAGACUUACGACGCAUGCCAGGCUUGGAUCGUGGUCACGCUCGUCGGCGCCGCGAUUGGGCUUAUCGCAGCCUCCCUAAAUAUCAUCACGGAAUGGCUGGCCGAUAUCAAGCUGGGACACUGCGAGACGGCUUUCUACUUGAACGAGAACUUCUGCUGCUGGGGCGCCGAGAGUGGGUGUCCCGAAUGGAAGCGAUGGAGUGGCUUUGGGCCCGUCAACUACGUUCUCUACGUACUCUUCGCGGCGCUGUUCUCCCUUACAGCUGCUACGCUGGUCAAGAGCUUCGCGCCGUAUGCCGCAGGAUCGGGCAUAUCCGAGAUCAAAUGCAUCAUCGCUGGCUUCGUCAUGAAGGGUUUCUUAGGCGCGUGGACGUUGUUGAUCAAGUCGAUUGGUCUGCCACUGGCUAUUGCGUCCGGCCUCUCCGUAGGAAAGGAAGGCCCAAGCGUGCACUAUGCCGUUUGCACAGGCAAUGUCAUAUCGCGAUUCUUCGACAAAUACCGACGAAACGCGGCCAAGACACGCGAAAUUCUCAGUGCAAGUGCUGCAGCGGGCGUAGCUGUCGCAUUCGGUAGCCCGAUAGGCGGCGUACUCUUCUCGCUAGAGGAGAUGUCUAAUUACUUUCCGCUUAAAACGCUCUGGAGAAGCUACUUCUGCGCCUUGGUCGCGACAGCUGUUCUUGCGGCGAUGAACCCUUUCCGGACAGGCCAGCUCGUCAUGUUCCAGGUAAAAUAUGAUCGAACUUGGCAUUUCUUCGAAAUCUUAUUUUACUUGAUCAUCGGAGCCUUUGGUGGUCUGUACGGCGCCUUCGUCAUGAAAUGGAAUCUGAGAGUACAGGUAUUUCGAAAGAAGUAUCUUGGCAACUGGCAGAUUACAGAAGCGGUGGUUUUGGCCGUUCUCACAGCCAUUAUCUGCUAUCCAAACAUGUUCCUCCGCAUCGACAUGACAGAAAGCAUGGAGAUCCUUUUCCAGGAAUGCGAAGGCGACCAUGAUUAUGAUGAGCUUUGCGAGUCUGAUAACCGCUGGCGCAUGAUGUUGUCGCUCGGCAUUGCCACUGUACUUCGAACACUUCUCGUCAUCAUCUCGUUCGGAUGCAAGGUGCCCGCAGGCAUAUUCGUGCCUUCCAUGGCCAUUGGAGCAUCCUUUGGCAGAAUGGUCGGCAUCUUCGUUCAGUUCCUGCACGAGUCGUUCCCAGACUCGGCGUUCUUCUCUGCUUGCCAGCCGGAUGUACCCUGCAUAACACCUGGCACUUAUGCCUUUCUUGGUGCUGGAGCCGCGUUGAGUGGCAUCAUGCACAUCACUGUGUCGACUGUGGUCAUCAUGUUCGAGAUCACUGGCGCACUGACCUACAUACUGCCCACCAUGGUUGUAGUUGGAGUUACGAAGGCCGUGAGCGAGCGAUUCGGACAUGGUGGCAUUGCAGACCGAAUGAUCUAUCUGAACGGAUACCCAUUCCUGGACAACAAGGAGGAGCACACGUUUGGUGUACCCGUAUCACAGGUCAUGGCAUCCCACGUCGUGUCUUUGCCUGCGACUGGUCUUGAACUACGAGCGUUGGAGCGUAUAACCAAUGAGAACCAAUACCAAGGGUAUCCGAUCGUGGAAGACGUACAGUCAAAGACUCUAGUCGGAUACAUCGGCCGGACAGAGCUGCGGUAUGCCAUCGACAGGGCUAAGAAAGAUCAAAUGGCCCCCGGUCACGCACGCUGCACCUUCAUCACUCCGAAUACCAGCGGCACCCGUACUCCACCCUCCGCAGUGCCGUCUGCAUCCUUCGAUACCAUGUCUGCCACGUCCGGUCAGCUCCAAGUCGACCUCUCGAAGUUCAUCGAUCCUACGCCUCUCUCUGUCCAUCCUCGUCUCCCUCUUGAAACAGUCAUGGAGCUCUUCAAGAAGAUGGGCCCACGUGUCAUACUUAUUGAAUACCGUGGGCGCCUUACCGGACUCGUCACCGUCAAAGAUUGUCUAAAGUAUCAGUUCAAGGUCGAGGCGCAUGAGAAUCCUCAAGUUGCGAGAAGUUUGGACGAAAGACAAGAGAAACUCUGGGCUGUUCUCACGACCGCUGCAGGGUGGAUAGACGGCGUAUUUGGAAAGUUCAGAAGCAGAGUAGGCGGUGGACAUGGCGUCAGGUUAUCGAGCCCUAUCAUGGCGAGACACCGAGAGGCAGACGGGGAUGGAUUGAGGAAUAGCAACGACGAUGCAGAAGUCGAACUGGAGGACCGAGGUAGAGGGAGUGUUAGGUAGUCGUCAUACAGUUACACAUUGUUCAAAUGCCCCG